GGGCUCUUUCUUACCCAAGUCUUCCCCGUUUCUCAUCAAAACACCUGCUCUUGCUCUUCCCCUCUUCACUCUCAUUCUCUCUCCCUCUCUGCGUAUUUCUCCGGACUCCGAUCCCCAACUUGAUCUCCCCUCCGAUCUCCAAAACCCUAACAUUUCCCCCCGCCUUCCUCCCCAUGCAAAACCCUAAUCGGACUCCCUUCAGAUCAUCUGAUCUCAUCUAUUGACGCAAUUCAUCUCCUUUCCGGCCGACUAGAUCCACUCGCCUUUGUUCCCCUCCGGAAAGGGGGAAUUCUGGGUGUUCUAUCUGUGAAGUUUAGAUUGAUUGAUCAGUAAGAAAACAUGGCAGCUCCUGUGCCUCCAGGGGCACCUAGACAACAACCGCCUACUGGACCACCGCCGAAUUUUCAGCAGAAUCCAAAUGCCUUAGCUGACAAUUUUCAGAACAUGAACCUUAAUCGCCCGCCCAGUUCAAAUACUAGGCCACCUCCCUUCGGUCAGCCACCACCAUUCUCAUCCUCUUCGCCCGCAUCACCAAUGACGAGACCUGGUCCAUUCCCUUCCGGUGCAACUCUUAGGCCUGCCUCAGGAUCUCCAUCACCCACAUUGCCACCAAAUAUGGCCCCUGGUAGACCCAGCGGCCCACCAUUUGGCCAGCCUCCUCCAUUUGGUGCCAGACCUCCUCCUCCGGGGGCAUUCCCUUCUUCAAUGCCUCCCUCUGCUGGAUCUCCUCCUUAUGGAGCACCACUGCCGGGUACUCGUCCAUCUCCAGUUGCUUCUUCAUCUCCCGUGAACAUGGGGCCUUCUGGUACUCCAAGUGGUUUUAUGAGUAAUGGGCCACCUGCACCCGCUUUCCAGGCUGGACAACGGUUUGCUCCUCCUGGUAGUUCUCAGCAUCAACCUCCCAUGGGUGCUCCUCCAGCUAUGGGGCCACCGGCACGUGGCCCUCCUCAAGCAGGGGCUAUGCGUCCUUUCAUGGGGAGUCCUGGAGCUGGUGCUUCACAGGUACUUCCACCAUCAGGAAUGGGUCAAGCUGCACCUGCCUUUGGGGGGCCACCUCAAGCGAUGUUGGGAUCUGUAGCUUCUCCUUAUGCACCACAGAUGCCUUCACAACCAGGGGUACCUCCAAUGCCAGGGUCUAUGCCACCACCUAGAAUGUAUGGAAUGCCACCACCAAUGCAGAAUCAAAUGACUGCUAUCUCACCUGUUAUUGGCCAAACUGGUGGUACACAGCCAGGGGCGUCAAAGAUUGAUCCCAAUCAAAUUCCAAGGCCAAUCCCAAGUUCAUCUGUCAUCUUGCAUGAUACUCGUCAGGGCAAUCAGGCCAACCCACCUCCGCCGGCAACGAGCGAUUACAUAGUUCGGGACACAGGGAAUUGUAGUCCACGCUACAUGAGGUGCACCAUUAAUCAGAUUCCGUGCACUGCUGAUCUUUUGACGACAUCUGGAAUGCAGCUGGCUUUAUUGGUCCAACCUUUAGCCCUUCCCCAUCCAUCUGAGGAGCCUAUCCAGAUUGUUGAUUUUGGAGAAGGUGGCCCUGUUCGUUGUUCUCGUUGCAAAGGCUAUAUAAAUCCUUUCAUGAAGUUCAUUGACCAGGGGAGGCGUUUCAUCUGUAAUUUGUGCGGUUUCACUGAUGAAACACCUCGGGACUAUCAUUGCAAUUUAGGUCCUGAUGGUAGGCGUAGAGAUGCUGAUGAAAGGCCUGAAUUGUGUAGGGGGACAGUUGAAUUUGUUGCGACAAAGGAAUAUAUGGUGCGUGAACCAAUGCCAGCUGUUUAUUUCUUCCUUAUUGAUGUGUCCAUGAAUGCCGUUCAAACUGGUGCAACUGCUGCAGCUUGCAGCUCAAUUAACCAAGUUAUUGGUGAUCUUCCGGAAGGGCCAAGGACAAUGGUUGGGAUUGCAACUUUUGAUUCAACCAUCCACUUCUACAACUUGAAACGUGCGUUACAGCAGCCUCUAAUGCUGAUCGUUCCUGAUGUACAAGAUGUGUAUACCCCUUUGCAAACUGAUGUCAUUGUCUCAGUCUCUGAGUGCCGUCAACAUUUGGAACUGUUAUUGGAAAGUAUUCCAACCAUGUUUGAGAAUACUAGAACAUCUGAGUCAGCUUUUGGUGCAGCAAUCAAGGCAGCUUUCUUAGCAAUGAAGAGUACUGGAGGAAAGCUUAUGGUAUUUCAAUCAGGCAAGUAUCCUAAACCUAUUUUUUCACCAUCGUUUAUUAUGUCAUCAGUUUUGCCAUCCAUCGGCCUUGGAGCACUUGCUGCAAGAGAGGCUGAGGGAAGAAGCAAUGUCUCUGCUGGGGACAAGGAGGCUCAUAAAUUACUUCAGCCUGCUGACAAAACUCUGAAGGACAUGGCAGUUGAAUUUGCAGAAUAUCAGGUUUGUGUUGAUGUAUUCAUCACCACCAAGACAUACGUGGACAUUGCUUCUAUAUCUGUCAUCCCUAAAGUUACUGGAGGGCAGGUUUAUUAUUAUCAUCCAUUUUCAGUAGUUUCCGAUUCCGUAAAGCUUUGUAAUGAUCUUAGAUGGAACGUCUCAAGGCCUCAGGGAUUUGAGGCAGUUAUGCGAGUGAGGUGCAGCCAGGGAAUUCAAGUACAAGAAUACCAUGGAAACUUCUGCAAGCGAAUUCCGACUGACGUUGACUUACCUGGGAUUGAUUGUGAUAAAGCUAUAAUGGUGACUUUAAAACAUGAUGAUAAGUUGCAAGAUGGUGCAGAAUGUGCUUUCCAGUGUGCACUCCUAUACACUACUGUUUAUGGCGAAAGAAGAAUUCGUGUUACUACACUAUCCUUGCCAUGCACAAGCAACUUGAGCAACUUGUUCCGAAUGGCUGACUUGGAUACUCAAUUUGUAUGUUUCCUGAAGCAAGCUGCACGUGAAAUUCCCAUCACCCCACCAUUGCACGUCCGUGAACAAGUUACGAACUUCUGUAUAAACAUUCUACUUUCAUAUCGGAAAUUUUGUGCGACAGUGUCAUCUUCAGGGCAACUUAUUCUUCCAGAAGCACUCAAACUGCUGCCUCUAUAUACUCUUGCCUUAAUCAAGAGUGCUGGUCUGAGAAUCGACGGGAAGAUAGAUGAUCGCUCUUUCUGGAUCAAUUAUGUAUCCUCAGUUUCUACUCCUUCAGCAAUUCCACUGGUUUACCCAAGGAUGAUUGCUGUUCAUGACCUUGAUACACAGGAUGGGAAUGGUUCUAUUGUCCCUGCUCCACUUCCGCUAUCUAGUGAACAUGUCAACGAUGAAGGAAUUUAUCUACUGGAGAAUGGGCAAGAUUGCUUAAUAUAUGCCGGGAACUCGGUCAACCCUGACAUUAUGCAGCAAUUGCUUGGUGUUCCCUCAGCUGAUCAGGGGGGUGCCGAGUUCACCUUGCAGCAAUAUGACAAUCCAUUGUCAAAGAAGUUAAACGAGGUGGUAAAUGAGAUACGCCGACAGAGAUGUUCUUUCCUCAGGUUGAGGCUCUGCAGAAAGGGAGAUCAAUCAGGAAUGGCAUUCUUUUGGUACCUGAUCGAGGACAAAGUACCGACUGGUGGUCUCUCGUACGUGGAGUUCCUGGUGCAUAUCCAUCGGCAGAUCCAAAUGAAAAUGUCUUCCUAAAACCUAGGCUCUGCCUGGUUUUUUUGUUCGUGGUGUGCCGGCUAGCUUGAGCUUUUUUUUUUUGGGGCAUUUACGGACCGUUGUGAGUUUACUGGGGUUGGAAUCUUUCCAUUAUUCUAGCUAGAUAUAUUUACAGCAGCAGCAGCGGCAGUGAAGAAUACGUCUGGUAGAGUAAUAAGAUUGCAGCAAAAGAGCUCCUUCUCCAAUACCCAAGAAGUUCCAUUUCACAUGAUUUCUUGCUUUACCUUUUUUGCGUUCCUAGAUACACUUAUUUAGCAUUCUAAGAACUACAGAUAGCCAAACCGUCUUCCUUUGACUAGGAUAUCCGCCCCUGGAAAGUUAGAUACACCUAUUUUGCAAAUGUAAAACUAAAGACUGGAGGAUGUACUUUUAAAUGUUUCGGAUUUUCGAUAUAUUUUUUCAUCGUUACCAAAGUAUACAGAUUACUGAUUUUGGUUGAACGUUUCUUGGAAGCACAGCUUGUUGAAAACUGAGGGCUGUCAGUUUUUGAACAUGUUAUAUUUGAAGAUAUAGCGCAAUCGAAGUACUUGAC